UGUUUGUCACCCGCUAAACAUACAUGAUUGAAAUUGAAAUGCCUUUUAUAUAAACAUCUCCACUCUGUGUCAAAUCUCAAAGCUAAAAAUAAAACAGACACUUGAAAAAAGCACUGGAAGAUCAAAUUGACGCAAAGUGGGAUAGCAAUAAGCUAUGGCAAAGGCAGCAUUCAUGAUCACCGGAGUGAAGGUGGAGUUCAUUGAAUUUCCGGCAGUGGUGACACCUCCGUCGUCCACCAAGUCCUAUUUUCUCGGUGGUGCAGGGGUGAGAGGGUUAGAUGUUGAUGGAGAGUUUGUGAAGUUCACUGGAUUAGGAGUUUACUUGGAAGAAAAGGCUGUAGCAUCACUCACUCUUAAGUGGAAGGGCAAGACUCCGUCUCAGCUCUUCGAAUCCCUUGAUUUCUACAGAGAUAUCAUCAAAGGUCCCUUUGAGAAGUUUAUUCGAUGUACAAAGGUGAGAACACUAGAAGGUAGUGAAUAUGUGAGAAAGGUGUCAGAAAAUUGCAUUGCCCAUAUGAAAUUUGAAGGAACAUAUGGCGAUGCAGAAGAAAAAGCCAUUCAAGAACUUAGAGAAGCCUUCAAGGUUCAAUUUUUUCCACCAGGGGCUGGUGUUUUCUUCAGACAAUCACCAAAUGGAGCAUUAGGGCUUAGAUUCUCCAAAGAUGAAACAAUACCGGAACAUGAGUAUGUUGUUAUAAACAACAAGCCACUUUCAGAGGCAGUGUUGGAGACCAUGAUUGGAGAAAUUCCUGUUUCCCCUGCUUUGAAAGAGAGUUUGGCUACAAGAUUUUAUGAGUUUAUGAAGAUUGACAACUUCAACAUUUGAAACUUAUAAUUAUAAGCAGUCGUCUUUGAUCUUGAAGGCGAGGUGAUCUUUGAUGCAAGAUAUAAUGGACACAUAGUCCAUGUGAAAUAUAAUUAUAAGUCAUAGAUUUAAUGUUAGUACUUUUUUGAAUUAAUUCUUCCAGCACUUUGUGGACUUGGUACGUCAUUAUUUAAAAUGACGGAUUUAGUUAUUUCUGGUUGUUUUUUCACGUGUUUGUGCAUCAUUUAUGAAAUAAAAGAAAAAGUUUUGAUUGAA